AUGGACGAAAGUACAGAACUUCGUAUUACUGAUAACAACGACAACGUUAUGAAUAACGAUAUCGAUGACAAGGCUCCGAGUAGUGAAGAAGAAGGGGAGGAUGUUUUUGAUUCUUCUGAGGAAGACGACAAUUUAGAUGAUGAUGAGGACGAAGCUAGAAAGGUGAAAGAAGGUUUCAUUGUUGAUGACGAGGAUGAGGAAGAUGGUACAAUCUCUAAAAAGAGAAGAAAACAUAAACGUAGAAACAGAGAAGAUGAAGAUGAUCGUUUAUCAGAGGAUGAUCUUGAUUUAUUAAUGGAAAACGCUGGUGUCAAGCGUACAACCGCUAGUUCUUCCGGUAAACUUAAGAGAUUAAAGAGAGUAGAAGGUAAAGAAGAAGAAUCUUCAGAAAAUGAAAAAACACAGCAAAAGACUAGUACUACAUCUCAAUUAGAUAAUAUGUUUGAGGAUAUAGAUGAAGAAACUACAUCCAGAGGUAGAAGAAGUGACUCCGACUUAGAGGAGGAGGAUGAAGAAUCCCAUAACGAUAGAAGAGUUGGCAGAGGAGUUGCUCCAAAAGCUGGGAUCAUGGACGAAUUAGACGAUUUUAUUGAAGAAGAUGAAUUUUCAGAUGAAGAUGAAGAGACUAGAGAGAGAAGACUAGAAGAACGAAGAUUACAAAAACAACAAAGAAUGAAUGCUCCAACUCAGAUAUCGGGUCUUUCUUCUGAUAAAAUUGAUGAAAUGUAUGAUAUCUUUGGUGAUGGACACGAUUACGAUUGGGCAUUAGAGAUUGAAAACGAAGAGAUGAACGAAAAUAAUGUUGUCGGUGGUGAAGAUGGGGAGGAAGUAGAUGAAAAUGGUAUCCCUGUACAAACAAAGAAGACUGCAGAUCUACAAGAUAUUUAUGAUUUAGAAGAUUUGAAACAAAAUUUACUUACUGAAGAAGAUAUGUUAAUAAGGAAGACCGAUCUUCCAGAGAGAUUCCAAGAACUUAGAACAGGUAUCCAAAACUAUGGUACUUUAUCUGAACAGGAUCAAGAACUAGAAAAGAAAUGGGUUGCCGACAAGAUUGCCUUGAACAAAAAUUUCGACGCACAAUAUGAUAUGACUGAAUUUAGAGAAUCUAUUGGUAAUGCAAUUAGAUUCAUCACACAAGAUAACCUUGAAGUCCCAUUUAUAUAUGCUUACCGUCGUAAUUAUAUUUCUUCUAAAGUAAGUGGUGGGUUUGUCUUAAGUGAAGAUGAUUUAUGGGAGAUUAUUACAUUAGAUUUAGAAUUCCAGAGCAUUAUCAGUAAGAGAGAUUACGUUAAAAAAUUCUACGAAGAACUAAAUAUUCAUGAUAGUGAUAUCGAAGAUUAUUUCCAAGGCCAAAAUAGUGCAUCUACUGCUGAAUUGAAUGCUCUUCAGGAUAUCCAUGAUUUCUUAGAGUUUAGAUAUUCUCAGGAAAUCAACAAAUCCAUAUCAGUUAACGAGGAGCAUUCUGGGAAGAGACACUUGAAAAAUUCAAGUUACGAAAAGUUUAAAAACAGUCCUCUAUACCGUGCGGUUAGCGAAAUUGGUAUUACUGCUGAAAAUGUAGGUGAAAAUUUAAGUUCGUUGCAUCAAAUCAAUACUCCAGUUGAUCACCAAUCCUUGAAGCCAUAUGAAGUCAUCGAGUCUGUCAUUCAAGAGAACCCUUCUGAAUUGCAAAUCUUCUCAACAAAUAUGAAUUUGGCUGUGGAAACAGUGAGAAAAUACUAUUCGUUAGAAUUAUCCAAGAAUAUUAAGAUUCGAGAAAAAGUCAGAUCUGAUUUCUACAAGUACUAUUUGAUCGAUGUUGUAUUAACUAAGAAGGGUAAAAAUGAAAUUCAAAGAGGGUCUUUGUAUGAAGAUAUCAAAUAUGCCAUCAAUAGAACGCCGUUACACUUCCGUAAAGAUCCAAAUGUGUUUCUACGGAUGUUAGAAGCUGAGUCAUUAAAUUUGAUGGCCUUAAAGAUUCACAUGUCCUCCGAAGAUCAAUAUACGGAUCACUUGUUCCAAAUUGUUUUAGAAACUACUAAUACAUCUGAGCUAGCAACUGAAUGGAACAACUUCCGUAAAGCAGCAUUCAAGGAAGCAAUGAAUCAAAUUUUCUUUGACAUAUCCAGUGAAAUUAAGGAAGGUUUAACCAAAACUUGUCAAAAAUUAGUGGCCCUUACUGUUCGUCAUAAAUUUAUGGCUAAACUCGACCAAGCUCCUUACAUUCCAAAUGUCAAAGAAUCGAAAAUUCCACGUAUUCUAACAUUGUCAUGUGGUCAAGGUAAAUUUGGUGCAGAUGCUAUCAUCAGUGUAUUUGUUAAUCGUAAAGGUGAAUUUGUCAAGGACUUCAAGAUUGUAGAUAACCCUUUUGACAGAUCCCGUCCAGAGGCAUUUGAGGAUACAUUAGGGAGUAUUAUAUCCACUUGUCAACCUAAUGCCAUUGGUAUUAAUGGUCCAAAUCCAAAGACAGAAAAGUUUUUCAAAAAAGUGCAAGAUAUAAUUCAAAGGAAACAAAUUGUUGAUAGUAAGGGCAAUUUGGUUUCUGUUAUAUAUGUUGAGGAUGAAACUGCCCUUCGUUUCCAAAAUUCUAAGAGGGCACAAGAAGAAUUUUCUAAUAAGGCACCAUUGAUCAAGUACUGUAUUGGUCUUGCUCGUUAUAUGCAUUCUCCGUUGUUAGAAUAUGCCAAUUUGUUACCUGAAGAACUGAAAUCCUUAGCAAUCCAUCCACAUCAAUCAUUACUGCCUACGGAAAUUCUGGUACAUGCUUUAGAAUCUGCAUUUGUUGAUAUUGUCAAUUUAGUUGGUGUCGAUGUUAACAAGGCCACUGAUAAUGAUUAUUAUGCUUCAGUAUUAAAAUAUGUUUCCGGUUUUGGUAAACGUAAGGCUGCUGAUUUCCUGCAAUCCUUACAUAGAUUGAAUGAGCCAUUAUUAGCUCGUCAACAACUGAUUACUCACAAUAUUUUACACAAGACAAUAUUCAUGAACUCGGCUGGGUUCCUAAAUAUAUCUUGGAACGAAAAGAGGCAAAAAUAUGAGGACUUGGAACAUGAUCAACUUGAUAGUACAAGAAUUCAUCCUGAAGAUUAUCAUUUGGCCACAAAAGUUGCAGCGGAUGCAUUAGAAUAUGAUCCAGAUGCUAUUGCAGAAAAAGAAGAUCAAGGUACAAUGAGUGACUUCAUAGAAUAUUUAAGAGAUGAUCCUGAUCGCAGAACGAAAUUAGAAUCCUUGAAUCUGGAGUCUUACGCUGAAGAAUUAGAGAAGACGACAGGCCAAAGAAAAUUGAAUAAUUUGAGUACAAUUAUAUUAGAGUUACUGCAUGGUUUUGAGGAAUUAAGAAAUGAUUUUCAUCCUUUACAAGGUGAAGAGAUUUUCCAUAGUUUAACCGGUGAAACUGAAAAGACAUUUUACAAAGGUUGUGUCAUUCCUGUUAAGGUUGAAAGAUUCUGGCAUAAUGAUAUUAAAUGUAUUACAAACUCUGGUGUUGAUUGUAUUGUAAAUGCGCAAAGACAUAUAGGUGCUCAAAUUCAAAGAGCUGCUGGUGAGAUAUAUGAAAUUGGUAAGACGUAUCCUGCCAAGAUUAUUUUCAUUGAUUAUAGCGAGAUAUCUGCUGAGGUGUCUCUGUUGGAAGAAGAUGUCGAACACGAGUACAUUCCAAUCAGUUACAGUAAAGAUCCAUCUGUAUGGGACUUGCAGCAAGAAUUGAAGGAUAAUGAGGAGGAAAGGAAAAUAUCCGCUGACAGAGCUCGCGCUAAAAGGGCACAUCGUGUGAUCAAUCAUCCUUAUUAUUUCCCAUUUAAUAGUAAACAGGCUGAGGAUUAUCUAAGAUCGAAAAACCGUGGUGAUUUUGUCAUCAGGCAAUCAAGUCGAGGCGAUGAUCAUCUUGCUAUCACAUGGAAAUUAGACAAAGAUCUAUUUGAACAUAUUGACAUUAAGGAAUUCGAAAAAGAAAAUCCGUUGGCAUUGGGUAAAGUUCUUGUUGUUGAAAAUCAAAGAUAUCAUGACUUAGAUCAAUUAAUUGUCGAAUAUUUACAAAAUAAAGUUAGAUUAUUGAAUGAGAUGACAUCAAAUGAAAAAUUCAAAUCUGGUACAUCAAAGGAAGUCAUCAAAUUCAUUGAAGAUUACUCUAAAGUCAAUCCUAAAAAGUCUGUCUAUUACUUCAGUUUCAAUUAUGAGCACCCAGGAUGGUUCUUUAUUAAUUUCAAGAUCAAUGCAAGUGGUAAACUUUAUACAUGGAACGUUAGAUUGACUAAUACUGGAUUUUACUUAGUUAACUACAAUUAUCCAAGUGUUGUCCAACUUUGUAACGGUUUCAAGACAUUGCUGAAAUCAAACAGAAAUAGAGCAUAA